GCGACAUUGGCGAUUACUGUGAUUAUGGCACUUGCGCAAUAUGCGGUCAUGAUGAGAGGCGUUACAAAUAGUGUCACGGGCCGACAUCUGUGGGAUAUUGACUACGCCCUCAUAACACUUUCACCCUGGACGCUGCUCUUCUUGAAGAACACUUUUUUCCUGUUGUACCUCCACAUCUUCUGCCACAUCCAAUGGGUGCGCAUCAGCUCCUGGAUCGGGAUAUGGAACGUCGUCGUUUCGAUGAGCGCGGUCGGGGUCUACACGUUUAUCAUUGCAAACCCCCACGAGAACCUGUCUUGGACAGACAAUGCGACUCACCUUGGUGUUCUGCUCGGGAUUUUGAGCUUCGUCGCCAAUAUCGCCAACUUCGUCAUCCCAUUUGCGGCAAUCAUCCCCCUACACUAUAGUGUUAGUAGUAGAAGGAUAUUACGCGAGCUGUAAAUAGGUAGGAAAGUAAGACAACUACCAACAGGGACAAAAGAGAUAAUCUGGUAGCGAAUGAGAUGGAUAACUUGAUUAACAAAAUAGCAGAUGAAAAAUUGUUGUUAAUUGGAGAUCACGAACAACUGAAUACAUCGGUUGAGAUGGAUCACAGUAAUUGAGUGAAUUGAUCAG